AUAUGGUCAUUGUUAAGCUUUAUAACUGUUUAUUUAAUUUUCGUUGUAUUACAGGCCUAACGUUAACUGAAUACAAAUAAAUGCAUCGAGCGUCUCUAGCAACAGAUCUACCACGUCAACAAAAAGCUUGUAAACAGUAGACGUACAGAACACCGAUCAUCUGCAGAGCGAUGUGUGCUACACCCGACCACGCUUGACUGCGUGCAUCCGAGCAGCAGCCACGUACGACGUGAAAUCCUAGGCCUACCCGAGGAGACCUUGUCACCUUUUGCUGCACAUUUCUGGACUGCUUAUCCAAAUACUCCAACUAGUUACCCAAGUUGACAUCAGGACUAAGAUGGUGGACCCUACGAUAGCCAGGCGAGCGGUAUCUCGCUACAGGCUGUACCUGGCUGGGGCAGUGCUUAUAGCUGUAGCAGUACUGUCAUACUACUUCAUGAAUUUAGCACCGAAUAAGCUAUCAAAAAACUCUCUUGAAAGUAAGUCACGCCUGAAAGUAGCAAAAAAUGCAAAAAUGUGGAAGCAAAACAAGUUUAUUUCUAAUAGUGUCCUCAAGACAGAGAUGGCUCAGCAAAGGAGAAACCCUGACAAGUUAUCACUGACCGACCAUCAUAAAUCUGAGAUUUUAAAGCCACCGAUGAGAGCACCAGUUCAGGAUAAUGUAGCAUUUAAGGACCAAUUAUUUGGUUCUCCUAAGACCAUGGAGACUAGGAGGCCGGCCACUGAACAUUUGGACAUGUGGAGGAUUACAAAUGAGUCACGUUUCUAUGGACCAAUAAGUGACUACGCAGACUAUUUCCGCGGUAUGAAGCGUCUCGUUCAUCUUGAUUUGAAAGGUGCUCCACCAAAUAAACUGUAUCUUCAGAGACUUUUUCCGUUAUUUAAAACUUUCGGUGCAACAGGGGUAAUUCUGGAGUAUGAAGAUAUGUUUCCUUAUAAAGAUAGAUUUUCUGUUAUUGCUGCUAAAAAUUGCUACUCAGAAGAAGAUAUAAAGGAAAUCCUCAGAUAUGCUGCAAAUAGUGAACUGGAAAUCAUUCCUCUCAUUCCAACAUUCGGACAUCUUGAGUUUCUGCUAAAGCAUGAAAAAUUCCGUCACAUGCGUGAUGUGGACUCCUCUCCUUUUGUGAUAUCACCAGCAUUAGAUGCGACAUAUGUAAUCCUCACCGAAAUGGUACAACAAGUGAUGCGGCUACAUAACACAUCUUCCUAUGUCCACAUAGGUGCUGGAGGGGUCACAGAGAUUGGCAGGGGUUUGUCUGCCUCCCUUAUUAACAAAGGAAAGACGAGAGAAGAUAUCAUGCUAGAGCAUGUUUUCAAAGUCAGUCGCAUUGUAAAGGAGAAAUUUAAUAAACAGCCAAUCAUGUGGGAUGAUAUGUUACGGAGCAUGGAUGUUAAGAAACUCCAGGAAUCACAACUGGGUCAGUAUGUACAACCAAUGGUAUGGAGUUCUAUGACAAAUCCUGCUGAUAAGCUGACUAGUGACAUCUGGAGUAAGUAUCGGGAUACCUUCAAACAUCUGUGGGUAGCGUCAUCCUUUAAAGGUUCUACAGGUAGUGGCCGGGUGAUGACUGAUGCCGUGUACCACCUCAAAAAUCAUCUCAACUGGAUCCACUUGAUUGAGGCCAUAGGUCCUGGUGCAAGAGAUCAGGAACAAGCUGUAAAAAUUAUCGGAAUAGGGAUUAUAGGUCGACAGAGGUACAGUCACUUCAGUACGCUGUGUGAGCUCCUCCCAGCUGGUAUUCCCUCUCUAGCUGUCUCCCUCAAGGUUAUGCAGUUUGGCGGAUUCACUGAAUCUGUACAUAGACUUGUAUCUAAACAGCUGAAGUGUGAAAAACCUGUCAAACUGGACCUACUUAAAAAGUAUAGGGAUUAUGAUGGGUGUAAGUUUCCUGGUUCAGCCAUUUACUACAAACUGCGUACACUGUGGGGAAAGCUUCAGACUUAUAGUACAGUCAAAGAAAAUAUAAACAGCUUCGCCAGUGAGAUCAACUACAAACAUCAGUUCUUUGAUCCUAACGAACUGAAGCGCAUCAACACGAGUCUCUUGAUGCUGAAUGCCAGUUUAAGUGGCAUGGAUGGCUUCAUGAGACAUGAGAUCAGUACAUAUUUUGACGCAAUGACUGCUACUGAGUGGGUAGAGAUCAACAUCAGGCAAACCGUACAGGAAAUCACACAAGAAGUUAAUGAAAUCGCAGAAUUUUCAAAGAGAAAGACCUGGGCCAAUCGCCCAGGUUAUGAUGCCAGUACAUCAGCUCAAAAUUCCAAAGGUAAGGAUUUAAACAACAGUAAAACAGACGUCAUCAAGCCUUUGGAUCAGGAUAGAACAAAAAAAGAACAAUACAUGCCAAAAUUAACUCCUCUUCAACAACUCAAGAAGAUUAGAAGUAGAUUCAAUCAAAGCAGAUCAUUUCAGGCAGAUAUAAUACAGAGGGCAGCAGCCAGACUCCAGGAUAAUAGACAAAAAUACAAAACAGAUCUAAAGCCCGGCUUAAACAAUGGAGAAUUUAACUCAGGAACAUGGAAAAACAUGGCAGCAUUGGGACAAAAAUCACGCAUGGAAACUGUCAACGGAAAGGUGAAAACAGAUGUCACAGAGAGAAAAACAUCACAAAUGGGAGGAAAGUCUGGUAUAGGGAUGGUUAAUGGAGGGAUGAAGACAGAUGUCACAGAGAGAAAAACAUCACAAAUAGGAGGGAAGUCUGGUACAGAGAUGGUUAAUGGAGGGAUGAAGACAGAUGUCACAGAGAGAAAAACAUCACAAAUAGGAGGGAAGUCUGGUACAGAGAUGGUUAAUGGAGGGAUGAAGACAGAUGUCACAGAGAGAAAAACAUCACAAAUGGGAGGGAAGUCUGGUACAGAGAUGGUUAAUGGAGGGAUGAAGACAGAUGUCACAGAGAGAAAAACAUCACAAAUGGGAGGGAAGUCUGGUACAGAGAUGGUUAAUGGAGGGAUGAAGACAGAUGUCACAGAGAGAAAAACAUCACAAAUGGGAGGGAAGUCUGGUACAGGGUUGGUUAAUGGAGGGAUGAAGACAGAUGUCACAGAGAGAAAAACAUCACAAAUGGGAGGGAAGUCUGGUACAGAGAUGGUUAAUGGAGGGAUGAAGACAGAUGUCACAGAGAGAAAAACAUCACAAAUGGGAGGAAAGUCCGGUAUAGGGAUGGUUAAUGGAGGGAUGAAGACAGAUGUCACAGAGAGAAAAACAUCACAAAUGGGAGGGAAGUCUGGUAUGGGGAUGGUUAAUGGAGGGAUGAAGACAGAUGUCACAGAGAGAAAAACAUCACAAAUGGGAGGAAAGUCCGGUAUAGGGAUGGUUAAUGGAGGGAUGAAGACAGAUGUCACAGAGAGAAAAACAUCACAAAUGGGAGGGAAGUCUGGUAUAGGGAUGGUUAAUGGAGGGAUGAAGACAGAUGUCACAGAGAGAAAAACAUCACAAAUGGGAGGGAAGUCUGGUACAGAGAUGGUUAAUGGAGGGAUGAAGACAGAUGUCACAGAGAGAAAAACAUCACAAAUGGGAGGAAAGUCUGGUAUAGGGAUGGUUAAUGGAGGGAUGAAGACAGAUUACAUAAACAGAGACAGAAAAAUAUUGUAAAUGGGAGGGAUGUCUGUUAUAGUGGUGGUUAAUAAGGGGAUGAAGACUUAUAAAAACAGUGCAGAGAGAAACAUGCAAGAAAUAGAACAAAGUCUGUAGUGAUGAUGGAUAAAAAGAAACCAAAUGUCCUGAGAAUCCAUCCUUGCCUAUGCAACAAAGAAGUUAAAUCCAAAUUUAGCAAGCACCUAGGCUUCCAAGAUAUUUUGGGGAAAGUUUCAAGAGGCUUUUAGGGAAAUGAACCAGAUUGCAUAUUUCAGUGGAAUUGGGGGCAAAUUUUGUCUCCCAAAAAUUGUGAUCUAGUUUUUACAAAUUAUGUCAGAAAUAAAAAGUUGAAGUUUAUGUCUGCUUAAAAAUGUAUCUACACCAGUCACAGUGCUUUUUUUAUUAUAAAGUUCUUUAAUAUACAGGACAUGAUGAAUCUCAUACAAAUAAGAAACUCAUGCAAAACCUUUGAAAUCUGUACUUUUAAUGACUUGUUGACAUAUAUAAUUAUGUAUAUAUAAUUUUUGAAAAUGGUGCAAUGGCCAAUAUUUCUGGCUAGGCAAUUAGGUGAUGUAGAUUGUGAGUUUGAUUCCUUUCUCAUUAGCUCACCUGGUCCAAAGGACUAAUGGAAAGCAUCUCUUGGUGGUUGACAUUCAAAAUUGUACAAAUGGUUGGUAUGACUCCCCUGCCAGGGGCUUAAGAGGCAGGGCCAAAAGGGGUCAAUUUGGCUAUAUUGAUAUGAAUGACUUCUUCUUUGAAACUGAGCAAUAGAUAUCGCUCAUAUUUGACUGGUUGCAUUCCUUUGGGGCAGGGCCGGCCUCUCAGGGCCUGAAGGGUGGGGCCAAGAGGGGUCAGUUUAAUUGAAUUGAUAUAAACAACAUCUUCUCCGAAACUAAGUGAUGGAUAUCGCUCAUAUUUGUCUGGUAGCAUCUUUAUUGGGUGGGGAUUAAAAAUUGUACAAAUUGUAGGGCUGAAUUCUCAGGGGGCCUGAGGGGCAGGGCCAAAAGGGGUCAAUUUGGCUAAUUUGAUAUAAACAGCUUCUCUAAAACUAAGCAAUGGAUAUUAUUCAUAUUUGACUGGUAGCAACCCUAUGGGGUAGGGAUUCAAAAUUGUACAAAUGGUAGGGCUGCACUCUCAGGGGGCCUGAGGGGAGGGGCCAAAAGGAGUUGAUUUGGCAAUAAUGAUAUUUACAACUUCUCUGGAACCAAGCAUUGUAGGACAUUGAUAUUUUAGUGGUAACAUCCCUAGAUGGCUGGGAUUCAAAUUUAUACAAAUGAUGGGGCUGAACCCCCUCCCCAGGGACUUGAGGACAAUUUGGCUAUAUUAAAUCUGUUGAGAUCCCUGUCCCAAAUUGAACAUGAACAUUAUUUUGCCAUUUGGUCAAAUCAACCAGGUGAGCGAUACAGGCCCUUUUGGCCUCUUGUUGUAAUUACUGUUAUAUAUAAAUAUCCAAUUAUCAAUACGCGUACAAUGUAUCAUAUACAGUAUAUCAUUAUGUAUUUUACUUGCAAUUCAUUGUUGCUAUUAUUUUGAAGAGAAUUUACAGUACACAUAUAUAAAUGGGGUUAUUUUGAAGAGAAUUUACAGUACACAUAUAUAAAUGGGGUUAUUUUGGAGGGAAUUUACAGUACAUAAAUGGGGAUAUUUUGAAGGGAAUUUACAGUAUAUAAAUGGGGUUAUUUUGAAGGGAAUUUUACAGUAUAUAAAUGGGGUUAUUUUGAAGGGAAUUUACAGUAUAUAAAUGGGGUUAUUUUAAAGAGGAUUUACAGUAUAUAAAUGGGGUUAUUUUGAAGGGAAUUUACAGUAUAUAAAUGGGGUUAUUUUGAAGGGAAUUUACACUAUUGUUAAAGCGUAAAAAUAUACAUUCCAUGAUUACUUUAUGCCAUUUUGAUACACAUUCCUUAAGAAAAUUUGUACGGAUGAAUAAUCCUGGGAGGUAGGAAACCAUUGUACUCUGAUUUUUUCUUUUCCUAUUUUUACUAGACUAAGUAAAUCCAUACAUCAUUUUAAAGUUGCUUCAUAUUUUCUGUCAUUAUUUUUAAUGUUGAACAUAUAUUUUGUGCCAUGAUUUAUUUAUCCAUUAUAAUUUUUUUCCCUUGUUUUCACAUACAGCUGCGUCCCUGAAUGUUAAACAUAUAUUGUUAUUCUUGUAUCCCUAUUUUACCAUUGAAAUCCUAAUGUUAGGCCUUAUAGAAGCAGAAAAACAGGUAGAAAUAUAUCUUACUUUCUUGUUUUUAUAAAAAUGAUGUAAUUUUACCAUAUUUAAAAGUGAGCUAUGUCAUGAAGUUCUAGUGCACUAGAACCUCUUAUUGCUAGUUUUUGUCCCUCUGAGACAAAAAGUUGUAAUAACAAGACUACGGUGAUACUUUUUGUGUAUUUUGAGAAAUUACAUUUGAUCUUUAUUGUUUCUCCAAUUCACUUAAAAAUGAGUUUAUAGUCCUUUUGAAAGUUAAGUUCAGUAAUAACAAUAUCAUGUAUGUUUUCUAUUUUAUUGGGAUAAGAUAGUAGCUUUCCUGUUUAUAUCUUUGAAGAAAUUAUAUUUUUGGGUAAAAAUGUCAUGUUAAGGUGAAUUUGGAGAAUAAGUGAUAAAACAUUACUACAUCUAUAUAAUUUUAUAUAUAUGUAUGUGCCUUAAAUUAACCUGGGAGUUUGAUAUAUUUUUGGAGAAAGUUACACAAAUUUUAGCGAAUUUUUGGAGUUUGCAUAAAAUUUGCCAUUAUUGGGACAGGCAUAAUAUUGAUAAUUCUUGUGAUAGACAGAAUUGUGGCUGAACUGUUGCUGUAUUGUUAAGGUACUGAAAAUCAUGUGAAACUGAUAUAGUUAUUGUAUAGCCACAGUAAUAUGUUUAGUUUUCAAAGUUUAUUUUGUAGAUUUUAUAUCAAAAUAUUACAGUGUAUAUAAGAUAAUAUAACUGCCAACAGAUUGUUCAACCUUUAUUUUGAAGGUAUCUCAUUAAUAUACAAUAUUUUUACAAUACAUGUAUAUAUAGAGACAAUGUUUGUACAGAUCCAGUAGGAAGUGUAUGUAUUUUAUAAACAUUGUUGCUAUACAUGUAUUACCACGUGGCCUUUAUUGCUGUUCAUGUGUAGGUGAUGUAAUGGCAACGAAAAUGUUGAAGAUUUUACUUUGCUCAUAAAUAAUAUGGAAUAGAGUAGAGCAUUUUCCAGUAUGGCACUGUAUGUCCAUUUACACUUCCUUGUGACCACAACUAGUUCUACAGUUUUCAACCAAAUCUCACACAAGUCAUUAGUAAGACAUGAAGUAACAUCAUCAAAUGGAGUUGCUUCGUGUGAGUUAUGGCCCUUUGUUUGAAGUUUAUGUCUCAGUUGAAUUUGAAUUCUGUCUUUUGAUUACGUCACAGGUGUAUUUUUUCAAGACAAGCAUAUUAUGUCACUGUUGGCAUAUCAUGUCAGGCCAGGGAUGUAUUCUGAUAGGGGUAAGUAUGUCACUGUUGGCAUGUUAUGUCAGGAUUGGCAUAUUAUGUCACUUGGCAUAUUAUAUGUCAGGGUUGGCAUUUUAUGUCAGGUUUUGCAUAUUAUAUCAGGCCAGGGGUGUAUUCUGACAGGGUUUAUUAUGUCAGGCCAGCAUAUUAUGUCACGGGCGUAUUAUAUAUGCCCUGCUCUGCAAUACUUUUGUUCUUUCUUGUUACUAGACUAUGAGUAUAAAAUUGUGAAAAAAGUCUUUACAGGUAUCUGUAUCAUUGUUAUAUUAAUUUUGUCGUUAUAUUCCAGGAAAGAAUUUAGUUCAUAUUUAUUUUAAAGUUAUUGAAAACCUAUCUGCAACAGAAGUAAUACUUGUUUAUACAUUUGAAGAUAAAAUAUUGGUGUUGUGUGGUCUGAAUUAUAGAUACUUUGGCUGACAGUCAAAAGUAUUUGAGCCUUGAAAUAUUUUUCAUCAUAUUCAUAUGCAGUGUCAGCUAGAAGUAAUGUGAUUUGUUUUUGGCUGUACUUUGAAUUCAUAUUUAAACAAAAUCAUACUGAUUCUUGCCAUUUUAUUAUUACAUAUGAUUAUUUUUUCAUAUAAUAAACUUGUAAUAGCUGAA